ACUGCGCAUUUAUAUCCUGGGAGAUGACAGCCUGUCUGUGAUAACUUGUGAAUCAGAUACGGAAAUGAAGUUAAAGAAGAAAAUUUUUCACAAGCCUCCGAAGUCACCAAAGUCUCCAUACAGCUCUAGCACACAACUGUAUCCUAAAAAAUCUGCAGUUUGGCGAUCUCUGCAGGGAACAUGCGGUGCACGUCUUGAGAGUGCAGCUGUAAAGAACCCAAGGCAGAUGUGGCUGGGAUCACUAAAACAAGGAAUGAGCCAUCCUCUGAAAUCAGAUGUUGACAUGGGGCAUAUGCGAACUACCAUUUCUAGUAGCACUCCAGAAUAUUUGAAGGAAGCUCUAGGAAUGAAGAAGCCAAAACAUUCUCGUUCUUCUAGUAAUGGCUACAUUCCUGGAACUCCUGAUUACAAAGAAAAAGAAGAUAUGUAUGAUGAAAUUAUAGAACUGAAAAAGACAAUACAAGCUCAGAAAAAUGAGGGAGAUCGAAUGAAAACUAAGCUCCGUCGACUAGAAGAAGAGAACAACAGGAAGGAUAAACAGAUUGAGCAACUGUUGGAUCCUUCCAGGGGCUCGGAGCUGGCACGAGCUUUGUCAGAAAAGAAGACUGAUAAUGGAUGGGUGGUUAGUGGAUUAAAGCAGAAGAUUUUCAAGCUAGAACAACAGUGCAAGGAGAAAGACAACACUAUUAACAAAUUCCAGGCAGACAUGAAGACCAGUAAGUUGGAGGAAGUGAGGAUAGCUAUGGAAACCUACUAUGAAGAGGUUCAUCGUCUACAACUCCUCCUGGCAAAAUCUGAGACUAUGAGGAAAAAUAUAGAGGGCAGAGAUACCCAAAAACGACUGAAGGCACUGAAUGCUGCUGUCUUGAGAUUAUCCAGGAACAUCAAGGAGUUGCAGAAUGAGAAUCGGAGACUGAAAGAAGAUCUAGAUCAUGUACUUAGCAGUUCUCCUCCUUCCAAUAAAACAAAAAAUUAUAGUGAGUGGAGCAGACAGAGGCUGGUGAGGCGGAUUUCAGAACUAGAAAAAAAAGUAUGUGCCAUGGAGAACACCAGGGUGUCAUCAGCAGAUAGUGAGUCAUCACAGUUACUUGCUGUGUCAUCUUCACCUUCUGUAGACCUGGAUCAUCCAGCCUCUCAACAGGUAGACCAUGUUGAGGAAUGUCGUCACCUCCAAGGGCUAGUGAAGAAACUGAAGAGUGAUAGGAAGGCACUUCAAAAUCUCCUACUCAAUAAGGAAUUGGAUAUCAAGCAGUUACUGGAGGCUAAGGCUGAAGUGGAGCUGGAGCUGCAGAAGUGCCAGAAUAAGAUGGAAGAAAAAAGUGCAGAAGAGCAGACUUUAAGUGAGGAAAUCCAGAACCUGACACAGAAAGUAGGGAAAUUGGAGUCAAAAUUGGAGGAAGAGAAGAGACAAAUGGCAGAAGAUACAAUGGAAAAGCUUAAUAAGUCUUUGCCAGUCUGCAUGGUGAAAGGCAAAGAAGAUCACAGGAAGGAACAAGCAGCCAAAAUAAUCCAGAGACAGUGGAAGAUGUACCGAAAUAAGAAAGAAGAAGUUGCUCUGGAUGAGGCAGUUGUUAUGCUUCAGGCAGCUUUCAGAGGACAUUUAGCUCGAAAGAAACUGUUACUGAAUAACAGGAUGCAUGAUGCAAAAUCUCCCAACAAGAUCUCCUGCAUGUCUCCUGUGUCAAACUCCUUGAGCUUGUCUUCUGAUUGUGAGGAGAAAGACAAGAUUGUAACAUUCAUCCAGUCCAUUUUCAGGGCUCACUUAGCACGUACAGCACUGCUUGAGGAGAGUAUGUCUUUUUGCAGGCCCCCUGUGUCCAGUGCACCAAGUGAGAAAGCAGAUUCUGCAGUUUACAUUACAGAGAAGAAACCGGUCUCAGCAGCACUCCAGAGACCUCCUUCAAACCUCAUGUCAUCUCUUCCUGCCAGGUCUGCUGAGAAGCAAUCUACUCUCCCUCUGUCUGUGGAUGAAGCUCACUCAGAUGAUUCAGAUGAUAUUGUCAUCAUCUCUCCGUUGUUGCAGAUGAAGAAAAACUAUACAGGCUUUUAAGUUUUGGUAACAGGCUUUGGUGAUCUUCAAUUAUUCAACUCACAAAACUAUUUCUACCAAGAUAAAGCAUAUCAAAGAUGAAAAAAGGGGGAAUAUCAGGCCCUUAUUAAUGACAGUUGUCAUUAUUUCAGCCACAAAUGAGUAAUCGUUGGAUAUGUCAUCUCUGCAGACUGUGUGGCUAAAAUCCACUGACUGACUGUUAACCUUAUCCUCCUGGUGUGCAGAGAGAGUUUCACUUCAAUAUUUUGUCUCACAAUGAGGAUUAUAAAUUCAAUUGCCAAAUUUAAAUGAAAGCAAUAAAGCCUUAAGCUAUUUCAUAUCAAACAAAGUUUUGUUUCAGGUCGGCUAAAAUAACUUGUUUAAUUGGAAAAUAGUUAAUGACAUGGCUCCAAUUUUCAGCCUGUGUACGUGAAGGGGAACAGCUGUAUGUGUUACCAGGCCCUCUCUACUUAAAAAUUUUACUGUGUCAUAUUUGAAUAUGUUUUUUACUUUUAUACUGAACAUUUACAGUCUGUGCAGACCUUGUAAAGGCUUUUAGAAAGCCAUUUCUUUGUCAUAGGGCUAUUCUAGGCCUACUGUAUCAGCAGGGUUUUCUUAUUUAUUGCUUUUUCCAAGUGUGCUUGCUAUGAUAUGUAUAGUACCGUUUUGUAUUUGAAAUGUCCAGUCACGUAAUCAGGUUUUUGUAUUUGUCGGAGAAGGUGCAUAAUAGCAGGAGUGGUCUGUGAAGGAUGUCCUUGUGACUGCUUUUUCUGCUUGCGUAUCACAAAUACGAGUAGAUUAUGCAGGGUCAUCUCUAAUAUGUGAAAACACGUGACGUAGGAGAUCUGUUGCUUUACGUCCUGUUUUAGCUUACGUCACUUGACUGUCCAAAACUUUGACCUAGCUAGAUUGCUCAUGCACUGAGCACUAAGGGGUUUUAAGUCUAAUGUUGCUUUGCUGUUGUUGAUUUCUCUUCUCAGUACUAAUUUGCAUGUGCACAUAUAUGUGUGUGUGUGUGUAUAUAUGUCUCUCUCUAUAACGGAGCUGGGCACUACCUGCUCUGUUGUGAGGGCUAUGGACUGGGAUGAGCAUAAUAUACAAAACCUAACCCAUGCAGUUUGGAUUAGGAACAGAAGUGGUAAGGUUGGAUUAUAAUAGAAAUUAAGACUACAUCCAGAAAUAACACUAUUUGACAAUAUUGUUGUCCAUGGAAGGACAAAAGACGUAAUGGGCCCCCCCUUGGGGGUCUUUUCCAGAUCUAUGCAGACUGUACCCCUUCUUGACUGGAAGGAGGACCGUAUAGUUCCUGCUGUCAUGCCAACAUCCUUCAUAGGCAUUACAAUGUGUGUGGGGGGGUUGUUUUGUUGUUGGUUUUUUGUUGGUUUUUUUUUUUUUAAGGUGAACUAGAUAAAUUAUAUAUUUACUGGAAGAAGAAUUUAAUUUUACAAACACACAGUGAAGUUUUUGUGGAGACCCUAAUGGUUUCUUUGUCAUCAAGGAGUAAUAAAGACUCCUGUAAACAGAAAGCACGCGUUUAAAUAUAAGAUUUUUAUCACAUUUUCCCUCUUCUUUUUUAAAUUAAAAAUCAGUCGCCACUGUUUCACAGAAUACUAAUAAGUCAGAGCUGUCUCGGUUCUUUGAUUUCAAUGAAGCACUAUCUGAGGCUUAUCACAGUUCAUGCCAGUGCUUGCAGCCAAAGAGGAAACUGGAUGGCUGCAGCACAAUGCAGCUGAUUUCAUUUAAUCCCAUCAGUGGAAAUGCUGCCUGUGCUAUUUCCAAAGGCAGUUUUGGGAGCUCUCCAUACCCAAAGCAGUCUGAAGAAUGUCAUUUACACUCCCAAUGGAUAAAUUUUUCCUGCUGGUACUUUGGUCACGUGACUGUCAUCUGCAGAAAGGAUAAAAAAAAAUACAUAAAAGAAUAAAAGGGAUAGAAUACUCUUGGCAGAAGCUGAGACCUGUUUCCCUCUUUUUUUUUUUUUUUUUUUUUUUUUUUUCUGGAAGUCAUGUUACAAAAAAGAGUCGCUUUGCUAAAUAGCAGCAGAGCUAUAUUGAGUUGCUUAUGUAUAAUAUUUCAAGUCGGUAACUGUGACUCUGUCAUGGAUACCUCCAGAGAGAGUAAUGAGAGCUGGGGACUCUGACACAUUAAGGUGAGAGUAUGUAGCAUGUCAGGACCAGGAGUGAUAUAAAAUACCUACCUGGCUGUUAUCCUAUAGGGAAAUACUUGGACAACAGAUGGAAUGAAGGUGACGUUCUUUACUGUGCUAUAAUAACCAAUAUGAAAGUAUUGGGAAGUAGAUACAGAGCAGGAAGACUUGCAUUUUAACUGGGCGUUUGACUAGCAGUAGUGCUGUCAAUAGAGAAGCUCUGGGAUAAAGGGGAGGAGAAAUCUUGGUAUGACCCAAAGGCACAGACAGAAACCAGGGUGAAAAGGAGCAAACGUUUUCUGGGAUGAAUGAAAAUGUGUCUAGAGCUUCCUAAAUUGGAGUCUGCUUUCUCAUAGCCAUGAAAAAUCUGAUACUUAACUUGAGCUGGACUUCAAACUCACAUCUUAGUUUGGAAGAUAGCUGUAUGCUCACUGCACAUCAAAAGUUUGGUGUGGUACGGUAGAAAGAGGAAUCUCCGCAGCAUCAGUAGCCUUUAGUGUUUCAUCAUAUGCUGUAAUGGAAUGUGUCGAAAGGAGUAGUAACUGACACUAGGGUUUGUUCUGUGGUGUCUGAAUGCCAGCACCUGUAAAUCUGGGAAGAACUGUGGAACAAUGAAGGAAGAAAAAGUUAAUUUUUGAAUAAAUGGUUUUUUCCUUAACAGGGAGCUGAAGACAGUAAACAUACUCAGUUUCUGAAAAAUGUCUUCUGUAGAAAGCACUGAUAACCUUGUGGGGGCGUCAAGGUCUUGAAUUAAAAUUAAACUCCACUGUAACCUAUGUAAUCUAACAGCACACUUUCCGUUCUGCUGAUGCUGGAUAACGUUGCCGACUUAGAACAUUCUGCGAUUUACAGUGGUGUUUAGUUAGAGAUUGUGUGCGAACACAGAGAUCUGGCUUCCAUGGGAUGUGCUCUCUCUUGAUCUCUUUUUGCCCUUAAGUGCCUAUGCCCGUAAAUCUUUCCUGAGGCAUCAAAACCUGACAACUGUAUUGUUUUCUGCACGGCUACAAUAAUCCCUGCACAGGCAACUUCUGAUGUGGUCGAAAUGGAAAACGAUUAAUCUCAGCAUAUGAGCGUGCCGUUCAUUUUUAUGAUCUUUUUAAUAUUUAGAACUGUGCAAGUGUUUGAUGUAAUUUAUUUUGGGAUCUUUUAAAAGCUAAAGCGAUUGCAAUGUAUUUUCUCGUAAUUGUUGAACUUUCAAAUAAAGUUGAUGCUUGUGAAGUAACUGUUCGUGCAUUGCUGUUGCAGUUUGGGUAUUUGCAUUGCUCCUCUGGCCUCUGUGGCAUGCUCCUGUUGUUUCCGCUUUGCACCUAGGUUGGCCUUUACUUCUGGCUGUUUUCCUGAGACGAUAGUAACAAGAUAACUCUUAAACAUGUGAAACUUCUUCUUUAGUACACGGUCAGGCUUAUCCUGUCAGGAGUGAGUGGUGGUCUUGACCAAAGCCCAGUGGAAUUGAAGGAGGUGAUGGGCUUUUGCUUUCAGUCUUGGCUUUUGGUGUUUCAUCCGAAAAAGAGCUCCUGUCAAGUAGUUCUAUAACUAAAAGCCAUGCUAUUGCCUCAAACGUAUGUGGCUUUGUGCAGAGUACAGCACGUUUCAUUUAUGCCUUUUCAUCUAUGGCUGUGCUGCUUGCUUGUAGGCUGCAACAGUCAUGCUGACCGGUUAGCAAAGCAGUGAAAUUCGGAUAAAAGAUUCAACAGAAGUCAUUGGGGUGACUGCUCAUGCCUAAAUACAUCAUUGAUGGAUCCUUCGACUUUUGUAGGAGGGCUGCAGAGUGGAUAACCAGUGUCUGAACUCACUGGGCCCACGGAGCUCUCCCUGUGCCAGGGUUUGGUAGUGCUGUAGGCAUGCAGAGCACUGGGUGAAACUGGUCUGCUGACGGCUGGGGGGAGAGCAGGAGUCUGCAGGGUUCCAAAGACUGUCCAAGCUACUGUCCCUCACCUCGGUUAUUGUUGCUGUUCAUGAAGCUCUGGUGGAAGGAGCUGGGCUGUCUGCGUUCCUUUCCAGGCCUACCAAAAAAGCCUUUAGGGACUCCCAGGAAAAACAAGCCUUACACUGCUCCAUGAGGACAGAUGACCCCGCUAACCACUGCAAAGCCAUGGGAUCCUGUAGCCAUCUUUCUGUCAAGCAGAGUCCUUGUUGUAGGACUACAACAGCUAUAAGCGUGCAAGACUGAAGCAAACAGUGUGUUUGAUGAAUAUAUUACCUAAACUUCACUUUCUUGUUCUUUCCUCUCUGUUCCACUGACACGUGCUCAGGAUUUCUUAGCAGAAGCUUCAGUUUUAAAUCUUACACGCUGGAGGCAAGCCAUGCAGCACAAAUGCAAAAGUUCUGAUAUGAUUUCUUGGAGCAGACUAAUCUUGAAUUCAGUUGAAAGCAAUUAAGUGUUCACAUGAGUUGUGUUGAACCAUACUUUGGCUUCAUCUGAAAUUGGAGUGCCCUUGACUCUUGCAAGCUUUGCGGCAUCUGGUUAUGGUAGGUUUGUCAGCUAACUAAUUGCUUUCCCCACAUGAGCUUCUAAGGGAAAAAAAAGUUUCAUUCAUUCCAUGGGCAUUAUUAAGACCUGCAAAGAGUGAAAUAUCCGUGUUAGAUUCUAGGUUAUCAGGGGAGGAUUUUCAGGCAUGGUUGGUGGUCUGGUGCUGCUGCCUCGCUUCCUCUGACGUUUCCUUCUAACAAGCUUUUGCCGAUGUGGUUCCUCGCCUGGUAGAGACAGCACCGACAUCAGUUUCUGAACGUUUGCCCUAUUUUCCGAUGUGUGUAGGCACAUUGGCUCUUGCUUGUAUGUGGCCUUUAGCGCUCAUUCUGUCCUCGCUGUGCUCAAAGGAAUAGCCUUGAACAGCGAGUGUUGCUGUGUUCUUACUAACUAUACCCUGUUGUAAUCUACUGAUGAAGUUGUACCCUGCUCCUCUUGCCCCUUCCGCUGUCUGGCUGUCCUAAUUACCUUUUGUCCAAUCUGAGAGCGUAGGUGUUCGUACAUCUUUUCUGGUCUCCAGGAAAGCGUUCAUGUUGUUCCCCUUACUGGAGCUGUGUGUAAACAAAACUUCCCCUCUCAAGGUGUUGCUCAGGCUGGGGCAGCUCCCCUUCUGUUUGGUAGGGGGUUUGCUGAGUGCCUCAAAGACACUUUGUGCUGGGUACCGCGCAAGCCCCUUUAGGGCUUUGAUUCUCAAUAGGCUGAACAGAUGCAUCAUAAAAUCUUGAUGCCCAAAAUGGCCUGGGAAGAACCAUGAGGGACAUCGUGCCUGUUGUAAAGGGCUGUCCUACCUUGCCAUCAGCCAGGGAAAAUCACACCCGGAUCUCGCUCCUCUGCCCCUCCUCAGUCCAUCAGCUCUGCUUCAG